AAAUUUAUCAUCGUUAAGUACCAUAUAAAAGCUGCAAGUUACAUUUCCACUUCAUAACAGUCAAAAUGUUUAUAAAGUCGUUGAUUAUCUUGGGGUUGGUUGCCCAGAGCUUCUGUUACGAUUGGAAUACAGAAGGAAAGAAAUUCAAUGCAAUGUGUGCGAACGUCAAAAAGGCUUUUUUGGCAGAAAAACUUACAAAAUCUCAGAUUAGUAGCAAAGUGAAUACCUGUUUGGGACCUCAUAUAGGUGAAUACAGCGCUGCAGGCGACAUAAUGAGAUGCACGACAGAGGAUUACAACACAGACUACGCAUACGCCAACAUAUUCCAACGUAACCUUUAUCUUCAGGCUGAAGGCUUUCACAAUUUUAUUUACUGUAUGGAAGGGUUGUUGAGAUGAUUGUUUCCCAUUGAUUAAAUACAUUGUUUCACAAC